GUUUGAAGGUCUCCCGGCUUACAGCUCUUUCCCCGCGCGCCUACCUCAUCGUGCUUCUAGGUCUCUGUGUACUCUUCUCAUCGCAUUCUCGUAGGCUUCUGCUGUUGCGCGUGUAACAAACAGCAAGCGAGUGUCAUCAUUUCACAUCCGAAACAUCCGCACAUCAAGUGUUCGCAUCUAGUAGCAAGAUGCCUGGCAACCACGCACUGGUCUUUGGUGCCAGCGGCAUCACGGGCUGGGCCAUCACCAGGCUCAUCCUGGAGGGCUACCCGACGGCGGACACGUUUGACAGCGUGACGGCGCUCACGAACCGGCCGCUGACGGCGCAGGACGCGAUGUGGCCCGACUCGCCCAAGCUGCAGAUUGUCAGCGGCGUCGACAUCCUGACGUCCAAGGGCCAGGACGGGCUCGAGGCAGAGCUCAAGGAGCGCGUCAAGCAUGCGAGCCAGAUCACGCAUGUAUACUUUUUCGCGUACAUUAUGGACCCGGACGGGAAGAAGGAGUGUGAGAUCAACGUCGAGCUGAUCAAGCGCGCGGUCUCGUCGGUCGAGAACAUUUCAUCAAAUCUGAAAUUCGUCGUCCUGCCCACGGGCACCAAAGCAUACGGCGUGCACUUGAUCGACCAGUUCCCGUUCUCCAAGGACCUGCCGCUGAAGGAAUCGCUGCCGCGCAUCCCUGAGCCCUACGCGUCCGAGAUGUUCUACUACAGCCAGAUGGACAUGCUCGCGGAGAUGUCCAAGGGGAAGGCCUGGACAUGGUGCGAUGUGAUUCCGGACGUGAUUGUCGGGUUUGUGCCGAACAACAAUAUUUACUGCCUGGCGCAAGCACUAGCAACCUACCUCUCCCUGUACGCCGCGGUCAACGGCAGGGGCGCGGAGGUCCAGUUCCCCGGCACCGAGCAGUCCUAUAAGAUCCUCUGCAACGACUCUUCCCAGGACAUUGUCGCCAAGACGUCCAUCCUCGCCUCACUCCGACCAGAGAUCAGCUCCGGGCAGCGCUUCAACGCCGCGGACAAUGCGCAGCCCUCCAGCUGGAGCGUCAAGUGGCCCAUCAUCUGCGAGUACUUUGGGCUCAAGGGCGUGGGCCCUCCUCCGGGAGGAUCGGGACCGCAGCCGACGCAGUACUGUGCGGACCAUUUUGCAGAGUGGCAGGAGCUGGAGAAGAAGCACGGGCUCAAGACGGGGCGGGCGGGCAACGACCGCAGCUUUGGCGGGUUCCCGUACUUCAUCAUGACCAUGUUCAAUUUCGACCGGCACCUGGAUAUGAGCAAGGCCCACGCGCUGAUGGGCAAGGAGAAGGAGGAGACGGAUGCCAAGGGGGCGUGGUGGACUGCUUUUGACAGGUUCCGGGCGGCCAAGAUUAUUCCUUGAUAGGUGGGGAAGCUUCGGUGUUGAUUGUUCCAUGCGAUGCAGUUCACGAUAAGCUUUGGCAAAUCAGUCUUGGUGUUCCAUAUUUUGCACAAAUAUCGAGGGAUGAUGUCUUCCUUUUGUGUCUUCUGGUUCUGGUGUCUAGUGGUCUAACACUGCUGUGGCCUGUCUCUUGCCAAUCACUAGCGUGGAUGUGUCCAUUCUGCUGCUUUGUGACGAGCUUUCUGCGUACGCAGCU